AUGGCUUCUGUGGCAGACACCAGUACCACAGCAAAGCGGAGUACUGAUGUAGUGAAUAUGCAAAGAGAUGAACAAGAACAACGGGACCAAAGGAAUGGGUUCUGCUUAUUGAGAUAUAAGUUGGCAGUUAUCUUGUCCUUAUGUAUUUGGAUAACGGUUUCACAACAAGGAAGUCUGAGCAUUGCCAUUGUAUCCAUGGUAAAUAACACAGGCCUCCCUGAUCCAUCCAAUUUUUCCACUGAGGGGAAUUCUGAGGACUUGCCAGGGGUACCCAUCCUUGCCUUACAGGUUCCCAUCUUUGCCUGGAGUCCAGAAAUCCAGGGGAUAGUCCUUAGUUCUUUCUUUUAUGGUAAUCUAUUGUCAUCCAUCCCAAGUGGUUACUUAACUGGAAUAUUUGGAGCAAAGAAAUCAUUAGUAAUAGGUUUGGUGAUGACCUCCCUUCUGACCAUUUUAACCCCAUUUGCUGUAGUUCAGGGAAUGCCUUUUACCAUCUUGAUCCGGGGAAUACAAGGCAUCUUUCAGGCACCUGUAGUAUCAGCUGUACCUUCUUUUUGGAAAAAAUGGGCUCCUGUCACAGAACGUAGCCUACUCAAUGGAAUUCCUGCAGCUGGUGCAUUACUUGGAAAAUUCACAAUAUUGCUUGUGGGUGGACUCAUCUCUCAUUCACUAGGUUGGCCAUAUAUCUUGUAUAUUUUUGGAGCUAUUGGUUUGGCUUGUUGUCCUCUUUCCUUUUUUCUUAUUUAUGAUGAUCCCAUGACUCACCCAUAUAUAAGUGACAGUGAAAAGGAAUACAUUAUUUCUUCAUUGCCGAUAGAGGUCAUGCCCAUUGGCUGGUCUUUACCUAUCAAAGCAAUGGUUGGCUCCUUACCACUUUGGGCCAUUAUGAUUAUUUGUUUUUGUUAUUUCUGGAUAUUUGCCAGCAUGUCGGAUGCAUUACCAAUCCUCUUCAACAAUAUGUUUCAUCUUGACAUCAGAAAUAAUGGGUUUCUGAGUUCAUUACCUUCCAUUGUGUCAAUCAUCACUAUUAUUUUAGGAAGUAAAAUGGCAGAUUUCCUCUUAUCCAGGAAUAUCUUCAGUCCAGUGGUGAUUCGAAAAUUCCUCGUUGUCCUAGGAAUGCUACCAACAGCAGUGUUAUUCAUUGCUAUUCCAUAUGUCAGCACCUACACAACUAUUAUCAUUCUAAUUCUGUCUUCAGCAAUGAACAACCUGUAUGUCACAGUAUUAACAGUUAAUAUCCUAGAAAUUGCUCCCAGAUAUAACAAUUUUCUCAAUGGACUGUCUAAUGUAUUUGCAUUACUACCUCAAAUCCUAGUUCCUACUGUUGUUGGAUUUCUCACUGGUCAGGAUUCAUUAAAUGGAUGGAAGAAUAUCUUCUUUCUGUCAGCUGCAAUUAUUUUAAUAGGGGUGAUCAUUUUCCUAAUCUUUGGCCGUGCAGAAAUCCAGGACUGGGCUAAAGAGAGAACAAACACAACAACCCACUUCUGA